ACCCUUCAAUCUUUCCUCUCUAAAAUUUCUGAAAUCCCAACUCUCGCUCUCCCUCUCCCUCUCCCUCAGAAAUGGCCACCGCCGCUUCUCGCUCCUUACUCCGCACGACCCGUCGUUUGUUCUGCACGAACGCCACACCUAAAAACAACCAUCAAAAUAACCACAAAUUUUUAGAACCAGACUCCUUUAUUGGAAGCUGGGAGACACCAAAAACCCCAAAAGAAGCAGAGGCAAAACUAGCUAGAUUAAGAAGAGAAUAUGCAAAGCAAGUCCAAGUAUUGAGAAGGGAAUAUAUAGUGGAAGUCGAAGCUUUGCGUAUAGAGAAACAAAGGAAAGAAGAGGCUAGAAAAGAAGCUAUUCGAGUUGCUAAUGAAGAGAGGAAGAAAUUGAAAGCUGAAGCUGCUAAAGUCAGAGCUGAAGAGAGGAAGAUUGAACAAGAGGAGUUUCGAAAGCUUCUGUUGAAAGAAAGAGCAGAGAAGCUUGAGAAUUGGAGGAUGAAAGAAAAGAGGCAGGAAGAGAAGAAGAAAGUGAAGCAUGAACUCUUACACCGACAAAGUUCAAACUGGAUUGAUGGCCGUGAAUUGGAGAAGAAGAUACUGGAAGUCAUGGUUGACGGCACACAAAUUUGAUUCCUCAUGUUUUCAAAUUUUGCAUCUGUUUGCUGCUUCUGGAUAAAUGAGUUUGGAACUUAAAAUUUGACCAAGAAAUAACUCGAGCUUUGUUCAAUCGGAACCUGGAACUUCCUUAUUGAUGUAGCUCGGUCAUGUUGCGAUCGAAGUUAGUUUGUCAUCUUUAGCAAAUGCCCGCUUGCUCCGAAAAGUAGAAAUAUAGUUCACCAUUCCCAUUUACAAAACCACUUUGAAUUAUGGCCUGCUAACUGUCAUGUUCUCAACUUUCUUUUGUUUGAACAAAUGCGUGGUUGGCCUUGCGAUUAUCAGUA